AUGCGUCUUCUUGCUUUAGUAUCAACUUUACUCACUGCUCUUGCAGCGGUGACCACUGGGUCAUUUCUAUCUCCUAGAAAAGAGAUAGCAUUGUGUCUCUGCGACGACGAAGCAUGGGAUAUCACAAGACGAUGGCUCAGCGUCUUCUCAACCCCUGGCGUUUCUAGCAAGGCGGAGCUAGCGACCAUCGUUUCUCAAAAUCUCACGAGCUACGACGACGCAUUUGGGCCUCCAACUAUCGGCAUCGAUGGACUCUGGGCUGCCCUGACAGCACCUGGCAACGCGACGAGAGCCAACGUGACGCAGACGCCUAACUUUAUGCUACAUACAUGCGACCAGAUUGCGUACAACUGGCAGUACACCGCCGUUACAACUGGUUAUAACUCAACGGUACCGGCUGGAACUCCAGUUGCGUUUACCGGAAACGAUAUCAUCCGAAUUGAUCUGGCGACAAGGCUGAUAUCUAAUGCCACUUCCGUUGGAAAUUGGAUUGUACUUGCUCAGCAACUGGGAGAAUCAUGCCACGAGAAUGGUGACACUCCUCGCCGUCCUCCUCAACACCGCCAGCCUGACGAUCCACCCCCUCCUGCUUAUGAAGAAGUGCAGACCUCUCCUACCCAAGAUGAGUAUCGGCAGAUCCCAAUCAUAGAAUCGGUAACAUCUGGCUUGUCAACAUGGCCGGAUAGUGCAGCACCAUAUAUGGCACUUAACAAACACUGGCCGUCAAACCCGGAAAGGAAGAGAAUGGACAUGGUCUAUAAAACCCGCUACGGCACCAAGAUGUGCGAGUUCAUCCUUUACUGGUACCCGCCUCCAGUCUCACGGUUUUCGGACAGUCGAAGAAGACGGGCGGAACAGAGAUACCUAGAGCACUUUGAAGAUCUGUGGAUGGAGUCUCCGACCCCUGAAGCUUCUCCUCACUUCCUCCCAGUGCUCAGACAGCUUGACGCGGCGAUUAUCCACACUAUGAUGUCGCAAGAAAUUCACUUGGAACAGUCAGAUAGGCCCUGGAAGUGCCAGAUCAUUGACCAAUUUGAAGACCCACACCCCCCAAUGCAUGCCAUGGUAUGGACCGAAGGGUGGGCUGACUAUCGUCACCGAGAGGUUCUGGCGGUUGCAGUAUACAAUGGGUCGGACGUCCAUGUCAUCCGCGAGGACAGGCCUGGUCAGUGA